AUCUACAUCGGUGGCACAAUGGGUGAACCUUUGCCGGAGGACAAGUCCUUGGAGUUGAACGCGCACUCUCGCUUCAUCAUUGGCUCUGUGUCUGAGGACAACUCCGAGGACGAGACAAGCUCAUUGGUGAAAAUCGACCUCCUGGAGGACAAAGAGCGGUCAUUGUCACCAGUCUCUGUCAGCUCGGAUUCGCUUUCUGACUUGGCUCCCUCCAGCGUCCAAGAUGGGCUGGCGAGUAAUAUGAGGCCGAGUAUGUCGGGUCUCCACCUCAUGAAGCAAGGCCGGGACAGGAAGAAAGUUGACCUCCAGAGGGACUUCACGGUUGCAUCUCCAGCAGAGUUCGUCACACGUUUUGGGGGGAACAAAGUAAUUGAGAAGGUUCUUAUUGCCAAUAAUGGGAUUGCAGCAGUGAAAUGCAUGAGGUCCAUCCGGCGCUGGUCCUACGAGAUGUUUCGGAAUGAGCGAGCUAUCCGCUUUGUUGUAAUGGUAACACCUGAAGACUUGAAAGCCAACGCAGAGUACAUCAAAAUGGCGGAUCAUUACGUUCCAGUGCCAGGAGGCCCAAAUAACAACAACUAUGCAAAUGUGGAGCUGAUUCUGGAUAUUGCAAAACGGAUCCCAGUGCAGGCAGUAUGGGCUGGUUGGGGCCAUGCCUCUGAGAAUCCCAAAUUACCUGAACUUCUACACAAAAAUGGAAUUGCCUUUAUGGGUCCCCCAAGCCAAGCAAUGUGGGCUUUAGGAGACAAAAUUGCUUCUUCGAUAGUGGCUCAAACUGCAGGCAUCCCUACGCUUCCGUGGAGUGGUAAUGGUCUCCGGGUGGAUUGGCAAGAAGGCGACUUUCAGAAGCGCAUCCUGAAUGUCCCCCAGGAAUUGUACGAAAAGGGCUGCGUGACGGAUGUGGACCACGGACUGAGGGCGGCCGAAGAAGUUGGUUACCCGGUCAUGAUCAAAGCCUCUGAAGGAGGGGGAGGAAAAGGAAUCAGGAAAGUGAACAACGCUGACGACUUCCCCAACCUCUUCCGACAAGUGCAGGCGGAAGUGCCAGGCUCCCCUGUCUUUGUGAUGCGCCUUGCCAAACAGUCUCGCCACCUGGAGGUCCAGAUCCUCGCUGACCAGUACGGCAACGCCAUCUCCCUCUUCGGCCGUGACUGUUCAGUGCAGCGCCGGCACCAGAAGAUCAUUGAGGAAGCGCCGGCAUCAAUCGCAACUUCGGUGGUGUUUGAACACAUGGAACAGUGUGCGGUGAAGCUGGCCAAGAUGGUGGGCUACGUAAGUGCUGGGACGGUGGAGUACCUUUACAGCCAGGAUGGCAGCUUCUACUUCUUGGAGCUGAACCCUCGGCUGCAGGUGGAGCACCCUUGCACCGAGAUGGUGGCUGACGUCAACUUGCCCGCGGCUCAGCUGCAGAUUGCUAUGGGGAUUCCUCUCCACAGGAUCAAGGAUAUCCGGGUGAUGUAUGGAAUCUCCCCCUGGGGAGACACCCCCAUUGAUUUUGAUAACUCUGCCCAUGUGCCUUGUCCCCGGGGUCACGUGAUCGCUGCCCGCAUAACCAGCGAGAAUCCUGAUGAGGGAUUCAAACCCAGCUCUGGGACAGUCCAGGAACUGAAUUUCCGCAGUAAUAAGAACGUCUGGGGCUAUUUCAGCGUUGCUGCUGCCGGGGGCCUUCACGAAUUUGCUGACUCUCAGUUUGGCCACUGUUUCUCGUGGGGAGAAAACCGGGAGGAAGCCAUCUCAAAUAUGGUGGUGGCUCUGAAGGAGCUGUCCAUCCGCGGAGACUUCCGAACCACAGUAGAGUACCUGAUUAAGCUACUGGAGACAGAGAGCUUUCAACAAAACCGCAUCGAUACUGGCUGGUUGGACCGGCUUAUUGCGGAGAAAGUGCAGGCAGAGAGACCAGAUACUAUGCUAGGAAUUGUGUGUGGGGCUCUUCAUGUUGCUGACGUGGGUUUUCGGAAUAGCGUCUCCAACUUCCUGCAUUCUCUGGAGAGGGGCCAAGUCCUGCCUGCUCAUACAUUGCUGAACACUGUGGAUGUAGAACUGAUCUAUGAAGGGAAGAAGUACGUUCUAAAGGUGACCCGGCAGUCUCCCAACUCCUACGUGGUCAUCAUGAACGGCUCCUGUGUAGAGGUCGACGUUCACCGGCUGAGUGACGGAGGGCUUCUUUUAUCAUAUGACGGAAGCAGCUACACCACCUACAUGAAGGAGGAAGUGGACAGGUACCGUAUCACCAUUGGCAACAAGACCUGUGUGUUUGAGAAGGAAAACGAUCCGUCCAUUCUGCGUUCGCCUUCAGCAGGGAAGCUCAUCCAGUAUGUCGUGGAGGAUGGGGGCCACGUCUUUGCAGGCCAGUGCUUUGCUGAGAUUGAGGUGAUGAAGAUGGUGAUGACUCUCACUGCGGCGGAAUCGGGCUGCAUCCAUUAUGUGAAACGCCCUGGUGCAGCGCUAGACCCUGGCUGUGUGAUUGCCAAACUGCAGCUGGACGACCCCAGCCGGGUUCAGCAGGCUGAACUCAACACCGGCACAUUGCCGAAGAUCCAAAGCACAGCUCUCAGGGGCGAGAAGCUGCACCGCGUCUUCCAUUACGUACUCGACAACCUGGUGAAUGUGAUGAAUGGAUACUGCCUGCCGGAACCUUUUUUUAGCAAUAAGGUGAAGGAUUGGGUGGAAAGGUUAAUGAAGACCCUGCGAGAUCCCUCCUUGCCUCUCCUAGAGCUUCAGGACAUCAUGACCAGCGUCUCCGGGCGGAUCCCGCCUAAUGUGGAGAAGUCCAUCAAGAAGGAGAUGGCCCAGUAUGCCAGCAAUAUCACUUCUGUCCUCUGCCAGUUUCCCAGCCAGCAGAUUGCCAACAUCCUGGACAGUCAUGCAGCGACCCUGAAUCGGAAAUCGGAACGCGAGGUCUUCUUCAUGAACACUCAGAGCAUUGUGCAGCUGGUGCAGAGGUACCGGAGUGGCAUCCGAGGGCACAUGAAAGCGGUGGUCAUGGAUUUGCUCAGGCAGUACCUAAAGGUGGAAACUCAGUUCCAACAAGGUCAUUACGAUAAGUGUGUCUUUGCCCUUCGGGAAGAGAACAAGAGCGACAUGAACGCGGUCCUCAACUACAUCUUCUCUCAUGCUCAAGUCACCAAGAAGAACCUUCUCGUGACGAUGCUCAUUGACCAGCUCUGUGGGAGAGAUCCGACCUUGACGGAUGAGCUGAUCAAUAUCCUGACAGAGCUAACCCAGCUCAGUAAGACCACCAAUGCCAAGGUGGCAUUGCGAGCCCGCCAGGUCCUCAUUGCAUCCCACCUGCCUUCUUAUGAGCUUCGGCACAACCAGGUGGAGUCCAUCUUCCUUUCGGCCAUUGAUAUGUACGGACACCAGUUCUGCAUCGAGAACCUGCAGAAACUUAUUCUUUCGGAGACAUCAAUCUUUGACGUGCUUCCAAACUUCUUUUAUCACAGUAACCAGGUGGUGAGAAUGGCUGCUCUGGAGGUGUAUGUUCGUAGGGCAUACAUUGCCUAUGAGCUGAACAGCGUCCAGCACCGCCAGUUGAAAGACAGCACCUGUGUCGUCGAGUUCCAGUUCAUGUUACCGACAUCUCACCCAAACAGAGGGAACAUACCCACGCUCAACAGAAUGUCCUUCUCUUCAAACCUCAACCAUUAUGGGAUGGUCCACGUAGCCAGUGUGAGCGACGUUCUCUUGGACAACUCUUUCACUCCGCCAUGCCAGCGAAUGGGCGGGAUGGUCUCCUUCCGGACCUUUGACGACUUUGUCAGGCUGUUUGAUGAAGUGAUGGGUUGUUUCUGUGACUCUCCUCCUCAAAGCCCCACCUUCCCUGAGGCAGGCCACCCGUCCUUGUAUGAUGAAGAUAAGAGUGCUAGAGAGGAGCCCAUUCACAUCCUGAACGUUGCCAUUAAGACCGAUUGCGACAUCGAUGAUGAAGGCCUGGCGGCCAUGUUCAGAGAGUUUACACAAAGCAAGAAAUCUGUUCUGAUUGACCACGGUAUUCGGCGGCUGACUUUCCUUGUAGCACAAAAGGAUUUCAGGAAACAGGUCUACUAUGAGGUGGAUCAAAGAUUUCAUAGGGAAUUCCCCAAAUUUUUCACAUUCCGUGCAAGAGAUAAGUUUGAGGAAGACAGGAUCUACCGCCACCUGGAACCCGCCUUGGCUUUCCAGCUGGAGCUGAAUCGAAUGCGCAACUUUGACCUCACCGCCAUUCCAUGUGCCAAUCACAAAAUGCAUCUCUACCUGGGUGCAGCAAAAGUCGAGGCAGGAGCUGAGGUUACAGACUACAGGUUUUUUGUUCGGGCAAUCAUCAGGCACUCGGACUUGGUUACUAAGGAGGCAUCUUUUGAGUACCUACAGAAUGAGGGGGAGCGCCUGCUUUUAGAAGCCAUGGAUGAGCUGGAGGUGGCUUUCAACAACACAAACGUGCGCACGGACUGCAACCACAUAUUCCUCAAUUUUGUCCCCACUGUUAUUAUGGACCCGUCUAAGAUUGAGGAGUCUGUGCGGAGUAUGGUGAUGCGCUACGGCAGCCGCUUAUGGAAACUACGAGUUCUUCAGGCAGAGCUUAAGAUCAACAUUCGGCUGACGCCAACCGGCAAGGCAAUUCCCAUCCGGCUCUUCCUGACUAACGAAUCGGGCUAUUACUUAGACAUAAGCCUGUACAAGGAAGUGACGGACUCCAGAACCUCCCAGAUUAUGUUCCAAGCUUAUGGUGAUAAACAAGGGCCACUGCACGGAAUGCUGAUCAACACUCCGUAUGUGACAAAGGACUUGCUCCAAUCCAAGAGAUUCCAGGCUCAGUCAUUGGGAACAACAUAUGUCUACGAUAUCCCUGAAAUGUUUCGACAGUCUUUGAUUAAACUCUGGGCUUCCAUGAAUGAGCUCGCAGUCCUGCCAGACCCUCCUCUGCCUUCUGAUAUCUUGACGUAUACAGAACUGGUGCUGGACGACCAGGGGCAGCUGGUGCACAUGAACAGGCUGCCGGGAGGAAAUGAGAUCGGCAUGGUAGCUUGGCGAAUGACCCUUAAGACCCCAGAGUAUCCGGAAGGGAGGGAUAUCAUAGUCAUCAGCAACGAUAUCACCUAUCGGAUCGGAUCCUUUGGACCCCAAGAAGACCUGCUCUUUCUUAGGGCCUCAGAGCUCGCUCGGGUACAGGGCAUCCCCCGGAUCUACGUGGCUGCCAACAGUGGUGCUAGGAUCGGUUUGGCUGAGGAGAUCCGCCACAUGUUCCACGUUUCUUGGGAAGACCCAGCAGACCCUUAUAAAGGGUUCAAGUAUUUGUACCUGACUCCUCAGGAUUAUAAGAAAGUCAGUGCCUUGAACUCAGUACACUGUGAGCAUGUGGAAGAUGAAGGAGAAUCCAGAUACAAAAUUACAGAUAUUAUUGGGAAGGAAGAAGGUAUUGGAAUGGAGAACCUGCGGGGAUCUGGCAUGAUUGCAGGAGAAUCGUCACUAGCGUAUGAAGAAAUUAUCACUAUCAACCUGGUGACGUGUCGAGCGAUUGGCAUUGGAGCUUACAUUGUCCGGUUGGGACAGAGGACAAUCCAAGUGGAAAAUUCGCAUAUCAUCUUGACUGGAGCGGGAGCCCUUAACAAAGUACUUGGAAGAGAGGUGUAUACCUCCAACAACCAACUGGGUGGGAUCCAGAUUAUGCACAACAACGGGGUGACCCAUACCACAGUUUGUGAUGACUUUGAAGGCAUCUACACGAUUCUGCAGUGGCUGUCAUAUAUGCCAAAGAGUGUGUACAGCCCAGUCCCAAUGCUCACCGUAAACGACCCGAUAGAGAGAACCAUUGAGUUUGUCCCCACCAAGACGCCCUAUGAUCCCCGCUGGAUGCUCGCUGGACGCCCUCACCCAACUCAAAAAGGCCAGUGGCAAAGUGGUUUCUUUGACUACGGCUCUUUUCUGGAAAUCAUGCAACCCUGGGCACAGACAGUUGUGGUUGGCAGAGCCAGGCUCGGUGGAAUACCUGUUGGAGUCGUGGCUGUAGAAACCAGAACGGUGGAACUGACCAUUCCUGCAGAUCCUGCAAACCUAGAUUCAGAAGCAAAGAUCAUCCAGCAGGCGGGCCAGGUGUGGUUCCCCGAUUCUGCCUUCAAAACGGCACAAGCAAUCAAGGACUUUAACCGAGAAGGGCUCCCCCUGAUGGUCUUUGCAAACUGGAGGGGCUUCUCUGGAGGCAUGAAAGACAUGUAUGAUCAGGUGCUGAAAUUUGGGGCCUACAUUGUGGACGGCUUGCGGGAGUACAGGCAGCCCGUCCUCGUCUACAUCCCUCCACAAGCAGAACUGAGAGGAGGCUCCUGGGUGGUGAUCGAUCCCACCAUUAACCCUCGUCACAUGGAGAUGUAUGCUGAUCGAGAGAGCAGAGGUGGGGUUCUGGAGCCCGAAGGGACCGUGGAAAUCAAAUUCCGCAAGAAAGACUUGGUGAAAACAAUGAGACGAGUGGACCCCAUCUACACACGUUUGGCAGAGCGACUCGGCACCCCGGAGCUAAGCCCAGCUGAGCGGAAGGAACUCGAGACCAAGCUGAAGGAACGGGAAGAAUUCCUAAUUCCCAUUUACCAUCAGGUAGCCGUGCAGUUUGCUGACUUGCACGACACGCCCGGCCGGAUGCAGGAGAAGGGGGUCAUUACGGACAUUCUAGAUUGGAAGACCUCCCGCACAUUCUUCUAUUGGCGGCUCCGGCGCCUUCUGCUGGAAGAUUUGGUCAAAAAGAAAAUCCACGAUGCCAACCCUGAACUAACGGAUGGCCAGAUUCAGGCCAUGCUGAGGCGCUGGUUUGUGGAAGUGGAAGGCACAGUGAAGGCGUACUUGUGGGACAACAACAAGGACUUGGUGGAGUGGCUGGAGAAGCAGCUGACGGAGGAGGAAGGCAGCCGCUCGGUGGUCGAUGAGAACAUCAAGUACAUCUCCCGAGACUACAUUCUCAAACAGAUACGAAGUUUGAUCCAAGACAAUCCAGAGGUUGCCAUGGAUUCCAUCGUCCACAUGACUCAGCAUAUAUCGGCAACUCAGCGGGCCGAGAUCGUGCGCAUUCUCUCGACAAUGGACUCCCCUGCCUCGACGUAAGCCGACGCAGAGCCU